CCGUGAACGCUUGCGACUCGUCGUUUGCUUCUAAUCAAUCAGAUCUAUUCGUCGUUUUCGCAGUUGAAGGAGCAGCAUACAAUCUACUAAGAUGGCCGGCACAUCUACUACCGUUUCCUACACCGCCAACCUUCUCAAGUACAUGGAUCUUGACCAGGGUGGUAAGAUCCAGGCUGAGUACGUCUGGGUUGAUGGUACCAACGGAUUGAGGUCCAAGACCACUACUCUCGACAAGAUCCCCGAGUCCAUCGACGACUUGAAGGAGUGGAACUUUGACGGUUCUUCCACCGGUCAAGCUCCCGGUCACGACUCAGAUAUCUACCUCCGCCCUUGUGCCAUCUUCCGUGACCCCUUCCGCAAGGGUGACAACAUCAUCGUCCUCGCCGACUGCUACAACUCCGAUGGUUCCCCCAACAAGUUCAACUACCGUUACGAGUGUGCCCGUCUCAUGAAGCAGCACGCCGACCACGUUCCCUGGUUCGGUAUUGAGCAGGAGUACACCCUCCUCGGCAAGGACGGCCGUCCCUACGGCUGGCCCGAAGGCGGUUUCCCCGGUCCCCAGGGCCCUUACUACUGUGCCAUCGGUACCGGAAAGGUCUACUGCCGUGACAUCGUCGAGGCUCACUACCGUGCCUGUCUCUACGCCGGUGUCAACAUCUCCGGAAUCAACGCCGAGGUCAUGCCAUCGCAGUGGGAGUUCCAGGUCGGUCCCUGUACCGGAAUCGACGCCGGAGACCAGAUGUGGAUCGCCAGAUACCUUCUCGAGCGCGUCGCCGAGGAGUUCGGUGUCACCAUCUCUUACCACCCCAAGGCCGUCCCCGGAGACUGGAACGGUGCUGGAGCUCACACCAACUUCUCCACCAAGGAGAUGCGUGAGGAGGGCGGUAUGAAGCACAUCAUGUCCGCGAUCGAGAAGUUGAGCAAGAGGCACAAGGAGCACAUCGCCGUCUACGGAUCUGAUAACGAGCUUCGUUUGACUGGUCGUCAUGAGACUGGUCACAUCGAUGAUUUCUCGUUCGGUGUUGCCAACCGUGGCUCAAGUAUUCGUAUUCCUAGGAGCGUUGCUAAGGAUGGAUACGGAUACCUCGAGGACCGUAGGCCCGCAUCUAACAUUGAUCCUUAUCAGGUCACUGGUAUCAUUGCCGAGACUACCUGCGGUGCUGUCGAUGAUGCUUAA